CCGGAGCGGGCAGGCGGCUGGCCUGGGGAGCUCGGGCGGUGCAGCUGCGUUCCGUCCUGGCCAUGGCAGCGGCGCCCCUGAAAGUGUGCAUCGUGGGCUCGGGAAACUGGGGUUCAGCUGUUGCAAAAAUAAUUGGUAAUAAUGUCAAGCAGCUUAAGAAGUUUGCCUCCACAGUCAAGAUGUGGGUCUUUGAAGAAACAGUGAAUGGGAGAAAACUGACGGACAUCAUAAAUAAUGACCAUGAAAAUGUGAAAUAUCUCCCUGGACACAAACUGCCUGAAAAUGUGGUCGCUGUCCCAAACCUCAGUGAGGCUGUGCAGGAUGCAGACCUGCUGGUGUUUGUCAUCCCCCACCAGUUCAUCCACAGAAUCUGCGAUGAGAUCACCGGCAGAGUGCCCAAGAAAGCGCUGGGAAUCACUCUCAUUAAGGGCAUAGACGAGGGCCCCGAGGGGCUGAAACUCAUUUCUGACAUCAUCCGGGAGAAGAUGGGCAUUGACAUCAGUGUGCUGAUGGGAGCCAACAUCGCUGGCGAGGUGGCUGCGGAGAAGUUCUGUGAGACCACCAUCGGCAGCAAAGUAAUGGAGAAUGGCCUUCUCUUCAAAGAACUUCUGCAGACUCCAAAUUUUCGAAUUACUGUGGUUGAUGAUGCAGACACUGUUGAACUUUGUGGUGCUCUUAAGAACAUUGUCGCCGUGGGAGCCGGGUUCAGCGAUGGCCUCUGCUGUGGAGACAACACCAAAGCCGCCGUCAUUCGCCUGGGGCUCAUGGAAAUGAUCGCCUUUGCCAGGAUCUUCUGCAAGGGCCAGGUGUCCACAGCCACCUUCCUGGAGAGCUGCGGCGUCGCUGACCUGAUCACCACCUGCUACGGAGGCCGGAACCGCAGGGUGGCUGAGGCCUUUGCCAAAACUGGAAAGACCAUUGAAGAACUAGAGAGGGAGAUGCUGAAUGGACAGAAGCUUCAAGGACCUCAGACCUCUGCUGAAGUGUACCGCAUCCUCAAACAGAAGGGGCUGGUUGACAAGUUUCCAUUGUUUACUGCAGUCUACCAGAUUUGCUAUGAAGGCAAACCUGUUCAAGAGAUGUUGUCUUGUCUCCAGAGCCACCCAGAGCACAUAUAAAGUGAAUCAUGCACUAAUUCGGGGAAUGUUCUGCCUUUCUGAUCAGUCUUUUGGAUUCAAAUGGAAACUUGGCAACAAGAUUUGCUUGACUGUAAUCCCAGCAUGGAUAUAUAUGAAUUUUUACAGGUUUGUUUUUGAAUUUCAAGAAGCAGUUUAUUGACCAAGACGUACUGGGUAACAACUAGUCACACUUACAUGAAAGCGUGAGUGUGUGUUCAUUUCUCAUUCUGUGGAUGUUUCUAUGAACCAAAAUUAAAAGUCCUUUUUAAAAAUUACUUUUGAAAUUUGCCCACUGCUAUAGCUUAUGAGAUUGGAACUGUCUCAGCCAGAUUUUCAAAAUCUAAUUUAUAUGUGUUUGAGUGUGGAAAAUUAUAUUUUUUCUUUCUUUUGAUGUUAAAGUUUAACCAGCGUAAAGAUGGUGGAGUUGAGGAGUAAGUGUAUUCCAAGAUCAACAUACUGUAACUUUUAAACACUAUCUCUAAACCAGCAUAGCUAACUACUUGGAUUGUGUGCUGAUCAUUUUCUUAACAACUGUAUAUUUUUAAUUAGGUAAUCCACUUAUGCAUCUUCCUCUCACUGCAGUUUCCUGCAUUUAACCUCCUUUCUCUUUAUUAACUGCCAGACUAUCCUUUCCUAAAGGCUCAGAAAUGGCAGAAGAUGAAAAACUCAUCUGGGACUGACAUUCUUCUGAUUAACCACACUUGAUGCUUUUUGUUAGGUAGUACUUUCAUGCAAACAUCUUGUAGCCUCAUAGAUCCCCUGAGCGAAGGCUGCUGUUACUGCGCAUUUAAGUUGCAGUCACUGUGUCUGGUCACCUGGCAAGUAGGGACAGAGCCAGAAGCCCAUCUAAGUGUUCCUUUCCCCUGCCUCAAGAUGCCAGACCUCCUAAGACAUAAGUGGGCUGGUGAGAUCUGGUCAUGGCCAGUGCCAUGUGCAGGAGAGGCUUCUUGCAGAUGAGAUUUGUGGAGAUGGUUGUCUAGACGAAUGUCAUUCAAAGUAUGGUCUUCAGUCCAGCAGCAUCAGCUUCACCUGGAGUCUAUUAGAAUGCAGAUUCCCAGGUCCCACCCCAUAUCUCUGAAGUAUAAUAAAGUACCUUUGUUUCCAGUUGCCUUCCAUGAGUUUCUGACAUUCACUGCAAUUUGAGAACCACUACUUUAGAAAUUUUACUUUAGAAUAGCAUUUCUCAAACUGUGUUCCAUAGGAAAUGAGGUUGUGGGAUCCAGUGGUUGUUCUGGGUAUUCCGUGGCAAGUGCAAAUGAAUUUGGGAAAAGCUGUGUCACACACCCAUCUUGACUAUGUAGAAUGUACAUUAGUGUGCCAGUGGAACCUAUUUAUUUUACCCAGCAAGUUCCAAACACAUUUGAUUAUAAAGAUUUUUUGGCAAGAAAAUUUGCUAAAGUUUCCAGGAAACACUGUUUUAGGUGGAGGAGACUUCAGGAUAACUCCCUGCAAGACACUAGUAUGAAUAAGCUACCUGUGGUAUUAGCUCUGAAUGUUUACAGUUCUGGUCUGCCAUGAAUCUUUGAUGAAGUUUAAAGGUAACAUAUCAAGUACAACCAAGUAGAUGUCAACCUCGCUGAAACGCACAUUAUGUCCAAUAAGUGCUUUUAAUUCUGGAAUUAGAAUGGAAAUGACUGUAUCUUCCUUCUAAAAUGAGACUGGCUUCAGGAUAGCAUUGUCAUUACCUUACACAGCAUUUGAUAAGUGUUGGGGAAUGGAUGAAUGUCAUUUAUAUAUUCAUGAAUUUUCAGUUCCUUUGUGAGAUUUAACCUUUUUUAUUUUCCAUAUUGGGACAUUUUUCCAUCUACACCUGAAGUGAUUGUAGAAUAGAUUUUUGUGGAAAUUUAAAAAAAAAAAACCUACCCACAACAUUUUGGGGGCAUUUUAAAGCUCCAUACAUAGAAAUAUAUGAAAGCACAUAAAUGCUACAACUUUCAUUGAUUUUAGUGCCACUGUUAAGUCAAUCAAUUUUUGCUUGUCUCAUGAUUCAUCUUUUUAAAAGUUUGUAUAUAGGUAACAAAGUGUUACUUUUUAAGAUAUUUAAAGGGCUGUAAGUUAAUUGUGGUACUUAUUAAGUAGGAUACUUAGAUGUGAGGAAUUAGGAGCUUGUCUCUGUAUUCUCAUCUGCAUUUAGCUUCCUACUCUGGGUUUUGUACUUGAGGUUUUUUCCUUGACAGAUGCUCUCUUACCAUGCUGAAGUCUGCUACUGUAUCUCUUGAACCUACUUAUAAUUUUCUGCACAAUAUGGGAAAAGGCAAAUUUUAUAAGUUUGUGCACUGCUAACUGUAAAUGUUUAUUACUCUAUGAGUUACCUAUUUUUGUAACCCCUUGUGGCCAUCACUUAUUUUCAUUCAUGUGUCUUACUAAUUAUGGAAAUAGGAAGGGAGACAUCUAGAAGAGAAGCUUAAUUUGUACUAGUUCGGCCAAUCUGUGAAUGUAAAACUACACUGUUGCCUUGCUAUAAUCCAUCCUACUAUAAUGUGGAGUAAGUAUCAGGCUGAAAUCCAUCCUAGAAGUGGAGUUAAACUAAUAAAGUCAUUCUGGUUUUUCAUUUCACUCUUAACACAAGAUGCCCCUAUGGCAUUGACCCAACCAGUGGUGAGGUGCCCAUGUACAAAGGGAUCAUCAGUUUUCCCACUAAUUAUAAUCUAAGAGCCUUUUACUUACAUGUGUACUAUAUUUGUUUAUAGACUUUAAAUGGAUAUAAUUUAAAAGCUUGAUUUAAUAAACAUUUAUU